CGGAAGCUCAAGAUGGCGACGACCGUGUUGUGGUGAAAGGAGUGGUCAGGAUUCCGGCUUGGAAAUUCAUAUUAUUUUAUUCAAAAUGCCGCAGUGGGUACAGACUAAUACAGAUGCAAAGUAUGGAGUAGUUGUAUAUAACUUCGAAGCUGAUAAAGAUGAAAGUAAGUGCCAACUGUCCCUUGAUGUCGGUGACAUUGUUUACAUCAUUGAAGAAUGUGAAGGUUGGUAUCGGGGUUACUGCACUAAAAACAAAGCCGUUAAGGGAAUUUUCCCAAAGUCGUUUAUACAAUUAAAAGAAGCAACCGUAGAACUCAAUGGAAACGACCAGGAACAAGUCACUCCAAAAGAAAGUCCAGUCGUGAAAGAGGUCACGUCAGUCCUGCGAGAAUGGGGUUUCAUCUGGAGGGAGCUGUUCAUCGAACAGAGAAUGAAAUUAUUUGAGGAUAUAAGACAAAUGAUGUUUGAUAUGAUUGACAAACGUCGACAGAUCCUGUCAGGUACUCUCCCGGUAGAUGACAUGAAGGAGCUACAGCAAUUUGUCACAUCAAAAAUAGAUUAUGGAAAUAGGUUGUUGGAUUUAGAUCUUGUUGUUCGUGAUGUAAGUGGUGGUGUACAGAACCCAAAACAACUUAGCACGUUAGAAAUUUACGAGGAACAUGUUCGUGCAACACAAAGGAUACGACACGAGUACCAAGAAACCUCACAGACUGAAGUACAGGUGACUAAGAAGAAGACGGGUACUACACAAUCCUCCUCCAUCUUCGUUUUUAUUAAGAAUUUUGUGUGCAAUGUCGGUGAUGAUGCUGAUAUUCUUAUCAGUCUGUAUGAUGCAAAGCUGGGCCAAUUUAUUAGUGAAUUUUACAUUGUAAAAUGGAGUAGUAAGGGAUCUGUUCGCAACAUAGAAGAUUUGUACAAUUUGAAAUGUCUCUUUACGGAUCUUGGACCAAAUGACUUGAAACUUGAGAAAGCUUACUUGGUUUGUCAGAUUGUAAGAAUAGGUAUUAUGGAAACAAAAGAUGGUGAUCACGGAAGGAAACGAACACAGAAUUUGCGGAGACCUUUUGGUGUGGCUGCAUUGGACAUCACAGAUAUCAUGAAUGGCAGUAUAGAAAUUGAUGAGGAUAAGCAGUUUUUUGUUCCCUUCCUCCAGUCCUCAGGUGAAAAUGAUUUCCUAGAAACACUCAUCAAACGCUACAUCUCAUCUCCUAAAGACUUUAAUCACAAAGGUCAAGGGUUAUGGAUGUCAUUAAAAAUGCUGCAGGGAGAUUUCAAACAGGUUCUUAAAGAGUAUCCUCAUUUAGUGAAUGAGAAGACCGCCAUUGCUCGUAAAAUGGGCUUCCCAGAGGUCAUCAUGCCAGGUGAGGUGAGAAAUGACAUUUAUAUAACGCUGAUCCAGGGUGAGUUUGAGAAGGGCAGCAAGAAAACAUACAAAAAUGUUCAAGUCACUAUGGAAGUGUGUACUAGCGACGGUAAAGUCCUAGAGGACGUACUGUACCCUGGGGCAGGGGAUCCGGCUACGUCUGUCUACAGGUCCGUUGUCUACUAUCAGAUCAAGUCGCCUAAAUGGUUUGAAACAGUUAAGGUAUCAUUACCAAUUGAUGUGCUUGAUAGAGGCCUCCAUAUUAGGUUCACAUUUAAGCAUCGUUCGUCUACUGAAUGUGAGGUGAGAAAUGACAUUUAUAUAACGCUGAUCCAGGGUGAGUUUGAGAAGGGCAGCAAGAAAACAUACAAAAAUGUUCAAGUCACUAUGGAAGUGUGUACUAGCGACGGUAAAGUCCUAGAGGACGUACUGUACCCUGGGGCAGGGGAUCCGGCUACGUCUGUCUACAGGUCCGUUGUCUACUAUCAGAUCAAGUCGCCUAAAUGGUUUGAAACAGUUAAGGUAUCAUUACCAAUUGAUGUGCUUGAUAGAGGCCUCCAUAUUAGGUUCACAUUUAAGCAUCGGUCGUCUACUGAAUCCAAGGAUAAACAGGAGAAAAUAUUUGCGCUGUCCUUUCUGAAACUCAUGACAGAUAUUGGUACAACAGUGACCAACGAUACACAUGAGAUCCUCGUCUACAAGCCGGAGAAAGUGGACAGUCACUUUUCUUUUACAAAGCCACAAACCUAUCUGGACUUGCCAUCCACCAAGCAGGAACUAGAGAUGCGGAAAGCGGAAAGUGACAAGAAGUACAUGUCUGGGAGUCGGACAAACUUGCACCAUGGGGGCCUUACCCUAACCACCAAGGAGGGGUUCCAGAUAUCCACGGUUGUAUGUUCUACAAAACUCACUCAGAAUGUUGACCUGCUUGGGCUUCUCAAGUGGAGGGUAGACAAAGGUGACCUGAAGACAAAACUUAAGCUCUUGAUGAAAGCUGAUGGUAGUGAAAUAGUCAAGUUCCUCCAAGACACUUUAGAUGCUCUCUUCAGUAUUUUGAAUGAAAACCAUGAAUCGGAAUUAUACGACUUUCUUGUUUUUGAUGCUUUGGUUUUUAUAAUUGGUGUCGUAAAUGACAGGAAGUAUCAACAGUUUCGGCCGGUUCUCGAUACUUACAUCACUAAUCAUUUUAGUGCUGCACUGGCAUAUAACAAGCUGAUGAUGGUUUUGAAGCACUACCUUGACAAUGCUAAUGAAGAUGAUUAUCAAGAUUCUUUGUUCAGAGCGCUUCGUUCUCUCGAACACAUCUUCAAGUUUAUUAUCCGCUCACGCCAGCUCCAUGUUGCAAUGUAUGGAGAAACCCAGGGAAAACAAGCCUUUGAAUCUUCCAUGAGGCAGCUCCUCCAUUCAAUCAAUGAUGUCAUGACCUACGACCUAGAUACGACCUUACGGUGCCAAGGAGCUGCUCUGAAAUACGUACCACCUAUAAUUCCAGUCACAAUGAAGAUUUUUAACCCCAAGGAACUUGCAGUGUAUUUGCGAGAUUUCAUUGAAAGCAUGUUUAAGGAUCGACUUGUAAAGCAGAAAUUACUUUUCAUGGAUGAGCUGGUACUCAGUGAGCUAUAUGCAAGACCAGAUUGUCGCGGUAUAAUAAUGACAACAAUAGCCCAACAAUUGAAAUCAUUGAUUAUAGAACAAACGGAACUGCAACACUGCGGUCAAGUGCUUGGUAACGUUCUACACAGGCUGUGGAGCAACACUGUGGGCCCUAUCCACUCCGAUAUUAGUGUAUUAAUGAAAACUUUGCUACGCACUGUGAUACAGUCAGUUGUUUUCAUGGACCGAGAAAGUCCCAAUGUUGGUCAGUUUGUAGCUUGUAUGAUGUCAUUGCUACGUCAGAUGAAUGAACAUCAUUAUAAGGAGUACAUCAAGACGUUUAACACUAAGACUGACCUUAUGGACUUCUUAAUGGAGAUACUCAUGGUCUUUCGAGAUCUCAUCCUCAGGAAUGUGUUCCCUUCAGAUUGGGUAGUGAUGAUUAUGCAGCAAAAUAGUAUUUUUCUUGGAGCAAUGAAGCACUUUUCCAAGUUGCUUUGUGAAACGUUUAUCCGUGAAGAAGAGUUUGAAUUUCAGCUCUGGAAUAACUUCUUCCAUUUAUCCGUCGCAUUUGUCACUCAGGAACAACUACAACUUGAACAUUUCUCGUCUGUGAAGCGAGGAAAAAUCUUAGAAAUAUACGGUGACAUGAGGCGCCAGGUAGGCUUUGAAAUCAUUCGCUCGAUGUGGUAUUAUUUGGGUAAACACAAAAUCAAGUUCAUACCGGAGAUGGUUGGUCCAUUUCUGGAGGUCACUCUCAUUCCCGAGGUUGAGUUGAGGAAAGCCAUCAUUCCCAUCUUCUGUGACAUGAUGCAAUGCGAAUUCAGUGUAAAGAAAGAUUUUAAAGAGAGACGGCAAGCAUCAUAUUAUGACAAUAUCCUUCAGAAGCCAAGGCUUACACCGGAAUACUUCAAAGUGUUUUAUAUCGGACUAAACUUUCCGCCGUUUUUAAGGAACAAAGAAUUUAUUUUCCGUGGCAAAGAGUAUGAGAGGCUUGCUGAUUUUGUUGCCAGGUUGCAGCAGCAGUUUCCAAAUGCCCAAUUGAUGAACAAGACCACACCACCUGACACUGAGCUCAAGCAGAACAAGGGGCAAAUCUUACAAAUUGUUCCAGUUCAACCAAUGAGAGAACCAAAGAAGGAAUUCCGUGGAAAGAUGAUCUCUGACCAAAUUUUGAGUUAUUACGAGGUGAAUGAAGUACAACGGUUCACAUAUUCAAGGCCGUUUCACAAAGGUCAAAAGGACAAAGAAAAUGAAUUUGCAACAAUGUGGAUUGAAAGAACCUACUAUGUUACAAAUUACCAAUUGCCCGGAAUCCUGCGUUGGUUUGAGGUUAUCAGUCAAAACACAGAAGAGAUUAGUCCGUUGCGUAAUGCUAUAGAGACGAUGGAAGAGGAGAACAAGAAGCUUAAGCGGGUGAUUACUCAGCAUCAAGCUAACAUUAAUCUGCCCAUUAAUCCACUCAGCCUACAGCUUAACGGCGUCAUUGAUGCUGCUGUGAUGGGGGGACCAGCCAUGUAUGAGAAGGCUUUCUGUACGGAGCAGUACAUCUCACAGCAUCCAGAAGAGAGUGAAUUGAUUACAAGACUCAAAGAUCUCUUUGCAGAACAGAUUCCUCUGCUUGAGCUUGGGCUACAAGUUCACAGUCAGAAAAUGCCAGAAAACUUGAAGAAACUUCAAGAAAAGAUGGACAAGAUAUUUAAUGACAGAAAGCAGAGUGUAGAGUUAAGAUAUGGCAAGAAGGUUAUUGAAGAUCUUCCAUCUUCUGAUAAGUUGAGAAGGCAACAUAUGUUUUCAAAGUUGCCGGGGAAUUCUAGGCCGACAUCAGUUUGGUCAACUUCAUCAAACUCAUCAGGAGAUACACCGAGUUCAAGGAACAGUAUUAUAUCCAUGUCUGACCAAGUGAGCAUUGGUUCUGGAAAAGGUGCAACCCCUCAAAAAGAAAAGUCUAGUACGCCGGGAAAGGUCAUGAAACGUAAUAGUCGCAUUGAUGUACAGACUGAAGACAAAAUCAACAACCAUAGUAACACAAAGGAUUCCGCACCGGAACCAAUCAUUUUAGAAGAGAAGCUGCAAUCAAGAAGACCUCGACGAAAAGAAAAAGGCCAAACCAGAACAAUGCGGCCAAAGACAAUGCAUGUAGUAAAUCAGAAUGAUAAGCCCCCAAUGUUGCCCCCUAAGCAAGCCUAUGCAGAUUACUCUAACCUACCCGACAAUGGAAUGGUUCCACAAAAGGCUUCCAGUCCAAGUCCCUAUCUAGUUUUGAAAAAGGACAAGCCUCCACCACCGCUACCAGUUAAAGUAGCUUAUUCCCCACCAGUGCACAGGAAGGAUAUAGGAAGUUGACAGGAAACAAAUCGAUGUCAACUAAAAAAUAGUGACAAGCCAGAAAAUCAGUAAAUUUUAUUCACUAUGUUUUUAUUUUUUUAUAAACAUUAAACUUUAUAAUUUUUUAAAAGCAGGUCUAGGAAACUGUACCAAACAGUUAUAGAUUUAAAAAUUGUAGUCCAUAUUCAACAUCUGUCUGUGGAAUGCAUGUCACUUUGACGAUUGCCUGUGUAAGUAUCUGGCAUUAUAAUGCACUGUCUUUAGUCGACAAGUGCCAGUGUAGUGCAUGGUCACUAGUUGAUUACUGGCAGUGUAUUGCAUGGUUCGUGGUUAAUAACUGCCUGUGUAAUGGACGGUCCCUAGUUGACAAAUGCCAGUGCAAUGCAUGGUUCGUGGUUGAUAACUGCCUGUGUAAUGCACAACCUGUGGUUGACAACUACCAUUGUAAUGAAUGGUCCCUAGUUGACAACUGCCAAAGUAAUGCACGGCCUGUAGUUACCUACUGCCUGUGUAAUGCAUGGUCCCUAGUUGACUGCUGCCAGUGAAAUGCACGGCCUGUAAUGCCAAUGUAAUGCAUGGUUCGUGGAAAACUAAAUAGUGAUCAGUUCUAGUUAAAGACUGUCAGUCUAAUAGGGAUGUUGGGUUUAGAAACCACCGAUAAUAAAGUCACCGAUUUUUUUCAAAUAUUUUAUAGUGAUCAAACUUAAGAGUACUUAAAAAGAGGUUAUCUGCAUAAGCUUGUUUAUAAGAUGCAAUGUUUUUUUGUGAUAAGGCAAUUUACAAGCAGUAUUAUAGAGCGCGGGGGUGAACAUUUAAAUGUCUUCUUAUGGUUGUUAAUGAUAUUGUAUAAAUGUCAAAUUUGAUAUUGAAAAUAGUAAAAUUUUACUAUUACCCAGUUUUCGAGAUGCAUUUUUAAAUAUAAUUCUGCUGUUUUUUACCAAUAUUAAUAAGAGCAGGUGAUGUGUUUUAACAAGGGUUUGUAAAUUUUGUACAAAAUAUAACCUUGUUUGUGAGUAAAUUUAAUAACUUUUAGUCCGUAUUUUGACUAGUUUAGAUUAACCCAAGAAUGUUCCUUUUAAAACUCUAUGAAUCCUACAAUUUGGCUGCAAUGUUAUGCAAAUAUUUGAUUGUAUUAUGUAAAAACCAAGAGGCUUUUUAUUAAUGUCUAACAUUUGUUUAUGGUGGACUUGCUCUGCUUAUGGAUCUCACACUAAAUCCAGGGAUGGGGGUAUCAAUUUAUUUUAUACCUUCAUGGUCCAAGCACCUCAUUUUACAUACUUUGUAUUUAAUCGAUUUUAUUGCUAAGCCCUGCCCCUUGUUUUUGAGUGCUGUAUAAAAAACCCACAUUUUCUAGCUACUAUUCUUGCUAAGGUCCCACAGCGUAAACAUACUUAAACAUGUGCAUUUGUGAGACAAAACCGUAAUCCUGGAUCUGUGGUGAUUCUUCAGUUCUUAAGUAUGAUUGACACUCAUAAAGAUCCAUUUUUUACUUUUGGUUACUGUUAUGUUAACACACAAAAACAGAGAGGUUCAUGUUAUCUAAUGUUUUGCUAGGGGAAAGACGCUUGGCUAUUGGCGUCACAACAAGUUUUAGAGAAUCGUGUUAUCUAAUAAGUGGCGCCACACCAAAUCUAAGAGCAGUUCAAGUUAUAUGAUGUUUUCAUAUGGCAAAAGUACUGCUCACAUAAUGCAACUGCGCCCUCUUGUCAUUUUAUUUAUUCUCCGAUGAGUAUUUUAUUACAAUUUUCAAAGUUUUGUUUGUCAUUGAGCUGAAAUAUAUAUUUCAUUUUCUGCUAGAGCAUUUCAAUUGAUAUCUGUUUAUAAUGUGAUUCAUUUUUUAAAAGCUAAGUAAAUUUCAAGUAGUGUAGAAGUUUAAUCUGGGAUUUCAGUAAAACAAAAUCAAUUUCUAUAGGGAACACAUUUUACCCAAAAUAAGUUUAUUUCUUCCAGGUGUUCCAGCUAAUUAUGAAUAUAAUACAUAAUUUUCUUAUCUACAUUUAGUUGUAUACUUAUUUCCCCGAAUUUAGAUACACUAAUUAAUAUUAAAUAGCUUAAAGUGGUCCAUAUAUCAAAUACACAAAACAGUAUUUUGCUUGGCUGAUUAGGAAACCUAUAAAAAGAUUGGCAGAUAGACUUUUAUUCACAUACUGUACAAUGAAUCAUGAUAAACCCAACAUUAAUUUAUGUAAUUUAACUUGCCUACUUAAGGAUAUAUAUUUUUUAUCUUAAAGUGUGUUUAACUUAGUAAUUGCAAAUUUGCUUGAAUAAUACUAUUGAACUUCGUUUUGUGAAGAUUCUGGUCUUUUAAUCGAGGAGAGGGCCAUUUUUUCCUAAAACUUAUCAGACGAAAUUGCUGUAUUUGCCAAAAAAAUGUGCAAUAUGAUUACUUGAAAAUUACGGGAGAGAGACGCCGAGGUUGAUUUUUGGGUAUUGGAUAAAACUAACAUUUUAAUGGAACUAUUUUUACAGUAAUAAUUGGUAGAUACAACAGUAUCAUUUCUGAUUAGUUUUGUCCAUCAGUUUUUCAUUUCUGUCCAAAAUGUGUUUGAUGUUUCUGAUUGAUUUCUUAAUAUAUAUAUACAUAC